AGACUACAUUUCUUUCUGUUUUCGUCUGUUAUGUUCUAUUAACUCAAAUAGAGUCUUAAAUGUGAUUUGGUAAUUAGGGUAAAAGUGAAGAAAAGAAUGAGUGAAGGUGGUGGUAGUGCUGAUCAUGCUUCUUCUCCAAAACUAUAUAAUCACAAACCCAAAAAAUCGCAGCUGAAGCAAUUUCGAGGCCAACAGAAAUCGAACGAAUUCUCUUCGCCGCCGUCAAUGGGGACUCAAACGGCUCCUCCUCCACCUCCGCCGCUGCCUAAGGAACCCUUCAUUAAGCGCUACAAGUUCGUUUGGCCUAUGCUAUUGGCUGUCAAUUUUGGUAUUGGAGUUUAUUUGUUUGCAAGAACAAGCACAAAGAAGGAAGAUACUGAGGUGGAGGAAAAAGAUGCAGCACCCCCAAUUUCAGUUAAAGAUACUACAGCUCCUGUUGCUGUGACAUCUGCAUCCCCGCCACCAAUUGCAAAUCCCGUGAUUAAAAGAGAACCGAUUCCAGAAGGCCAACAGCGGGAACUCUUCAAGUGGAUAUUGGAAGAGAAGAGAAAUAUCAAACCAAAAGAUUCAGAGGAGAAACGGAAAAUUGAAGAAGAGAAAGCUCUACUUAAAAACCUUAUUCGAUCAAAAUCCAUCCCAAGUAUCUAAGGAUGAUGUGCCUCCAAUCUUUGUCCGAAGGAAAGGGAAUAAAAGUUUUUGGAUUCGAAUAUAUUUGAGCUGAUUCCUUCAAUGGUUCUCUUUUCUGGUUGCUUGGCUGGUUCAUGAGUUUUAGCAUGUACCUUUUUUUUUUUUUAGAUUGUCAUAAUUUGUCAUUUGCAAAAUCUGGGUUUGGUUCAUUGGUUCUUUUUAGACAGCGAUAGAAGAAAUCGAUGGCACUUGAUGUAUAUUACCGGUGUUCUGUUAUAGAUGUCAUGUGCAUUUUCAAUAGCCUUAUUUGUUUGAUGAAGAAAGCCAGAUUUGAGCUACACUUUAGACCCAUAA